AUGCUUUUGUUCAACGAAGAAGCGUUAACGUCUUCUAAAGUAUCACAGUUCAAACUGGACAGCAUUAUACCUUUUGUCGCAAACGGGACCGUUGAUGGACAACUAACCGAAAAUCGUAUGGAUGCCACAGCAGCAGGAUCGGAUGCUGAUGGUAAAGGACUGUUAGCGUUCCACAUGAUUCCACAGCCUGAACAUUCAGUAGCCAACUUGGAUAAAUUCCUUGCGCAAGCUAGUAAAAUUUCACCUGAGCUAGACAACGAGUCUUUGAGGAACUCUUUAGCUGGACUGGCUCAAGAUAUAUCUUGCCUCAGUAGUUUGAAUGCCCUGCAGUCGUCGAGCACUUUUUUGCAAGAGUUAGGUUUAAAUUCUGAACAGCAUAAAGUAAAACGUGAAUGGAGAAACAUUGGGACGUUUUCGUCUGAAGAAGUGAUGAAUGAAGUUCGGAAACGAGAAAGAGUUGCUAAACGGAAAACUGUGGUACAAAUAAAUGGAACCAAGGUGUUUUAUCGUUGCAACAAUUGGCGUAGAACUAAUUGUAACUUUCGCAUGCAUGCUAUUAUUCAUGCUCCAGACAAAAUAACACUUUAUGCGAGUGGGGAACACGAUCAUACAGUCAAGAAUCCUAACUCGUCUUCGUUAAUGUACGAUAUUCCACCAUGUUCGUCUCAACAACAAAUACUGAAUCAAUUUAUUGCCAAUGCUACGGCCAAUUCAUCGCAUUUACUGGAAUCAAAUGAUCAAGAAAACACCUAUGAAGAGGAAGCAACUUACCAGUUAAGUGAUGGACAAAGAAUUGCUGCUUUACUACAAGUUGCUGCAGAACUGGGCCAUUCAUUCAAGUUUAAUUCUAGAAGCACUGGAGAAUAUUGUAUAGAGUCGAACAAACCUGUAGCCAAGGGAAAAAUGCUUGUUUUCGUUGAUCAUGGCACAUUUGUUUCUGUUACAGAAAGAAUAGGAGGAUUCGAUGCUAAGUGUGAAACUUGGAAGAAAGCUGACUGGCAACAAUUUUUGUACGCAGUCAGGGGUAAAUGUCGAGCUGUACUCUACUGA